GGAGAGCUAACCUGGCAACGGGAGACUAACCCAUGGCUGUGAGAGCAGAUAACGAAUUACCGCUACCUUCGUGUAACAAAGGGAGCUUAAAGCUGUAUUGCCUGGUGCUGGAGGUGACUGAUGAGAUGGUCCGGAUGAGCAUCUCCCUCCGCAGAUCACUCACUGCUUGCUGAGUGUUUUGCCUUAAUAGAGAGUUAGACCCAUCGGCUGCGUUCUCCUCGCUCCUCAGCCUCAGUGAAGCAAUGCUUCGGCUCCGGCUCUUGACGUGGGACGUGAAGGACACGCUGCUCCGGCUCCGGCACCCAGUAGGAGAGAAUUACUCUGCUGCAGCCCGAGUUCACGAAGUUCAUGUACAGCCUGAGGCGCUCAAUAAAUCUUUCCAUCAGGCAUACAAAGCCCAGAGCAAGCACUUCCCCAACUAUGGCCUGAACCAGGGGCUAAGCUCCAAGCAGUGGUGGGCGGAUGUUGUCAAACAGACCUUCAGACUCGCUGGUGUCCAUGAAGACAGGCUCCUCGCCACCAUUGCAGAAAGUCUCUAUCAGGAGUUCUGCAGUGCACAGAACUGGGAGUUGUUACCAGGCGCCAGGGAGACUCUGAGGCAGUGCCACCAGCUGGGCAUCCGUAUGGCCGUAAUCUCCAACUUCGACAAGAGGCUGGAGAAGAUUCUGUCUCACUGCAACCUCAGGCACCAUUUUGAAUUUGUCUUGACCUCGGAGGAGGCUGGCUUUGCCAAGCCAGACCAGCGGAUCUUUCAGAAGGCGCUGCACAUUUCUGGGGUAGCCCCACAUCAGGCGGCUCACGUGGGGGACAGUUAUGUGAGGGAUUAUAAGGCAGCCAGAGAUGUGGGCAUGCACAGCUUCCUGCUCACGAGGGCCGGGCCUGCAAACAAUUGGGAGCUCAAGGUACCAAAGCAGCACGUCCUGCCUUCACUUACCCACUUGCUGUCUGUUAUCGAGAAGGGUUAACGGGGAAUCCCUCGCCUCUCCGCAGAGAUCACCAGGGACCAAACAGAUUCCUUACACCUUGUCGCUAGAAAGAGGGAUCAGUCGUGCUGCGGGGGGGCGGGGAGGAUUGGUUCUCCACCAGGUGAAUCAGGUCCUAAAGAGUAUCUGCACGUCCUGCUAUAGAGAGGGCCUAAGGAAACCCCUCUGAACUCAUUGAGAAGUACCUACUAGCACCAUCCACAACAGCACAUUAGUCAUCCAGUGCAAUAAACUGCUACAGAUACUCAGCACUUCUCUUCCUCUUUCUUCCAUAGCUCUCAAAGCACCUAACGGGGGAGGGGGGAUUAUCGUCAUUCUACAGGGGGGAACCGAGGGGUGAGGGCUAAGGUCACCCAGCACG